AUGCCUCAUGCCUCAGGUGUCGGGAGGGUCAAAGGGCUCUCGAAAUCCAUCAUUUCCCAUGGUUUUAGAGGGGGUCAUCGCUAUUCCAAAGUCCUGGCAGCCGGCAAACAAAGCCAGCGUAUGGCAGAGGCAGAUUCCAGCCGCCAGGCUGCUAUACAAGAAAUGUCAGCAGAGGACCGAAGCCGCGUUGAAAAUAUGAUGGCAGAUUUUGGAAUGGAUGUGGAGGUGUUCACCCAUACAGUGCCUCCAGGUGAAGAGGCCUUUGACCUCAGUCACGCAGGUGGGGAGCAUGAGGCAUUUGAAGACCUUGCUCAUCAACUGGCGGAUCUAACUGGAUAG